GAGAGAAUAAGGAAUAAGACUCAAGAGCCUAGAAUAAAAAAAGAAAAUUACCAACUUUUUUCUCAAAAUUCCCGUCUUUUUUUCUCUUUUCUUUAUUGCCUUAUCAUACUUUGUUUAUCGCAGAGGCUUCUAAAUUUAAAGGAACAUUCCAGGGUCUUUAUUCCCAACACCAAAAUGUUCUUAUGAAAACGAUUUUCGAUUUUUGUCAGGUGUUAUAUGGAAACAUGAAUAUGGGCGACGAAGAGAGAACCUUAUUCGUUCUCAAGAGUACAUUGUUCCCCUGUUUCGAGAAUAAGCAUCCAGAGCCUAGAAUAAAACAGAACAUUAUCAAUUUUCAAUAGAUUAUUCCUUUUUGUUUCCCUUUUUUCAAUGUCAAUUUUUCACUAUUCCAGGCUCCUUUUUUUUUUGUUAAAAAAAAACAACUCUUCGAGAGCCUGGAACUUAAAAAGUACCAAAAGAAUAUGGUACCAGUAAAUCAUCACCCCAAUUGAUUAAUCAAUAAUGUCAAUACAUAAUAUUUUGUCAAAACAUUUUUUUUUUUUUCAACAAAAAUUAACGAGUACAUGCAAAUAAGAGACUUGAAAGCCGGAUGGAAAAUCAACAAUGGAGAUUCAUGCCCAUGGAAAUACUGGGCAUUGUUUUCCGGUACCUGAUGCGCAGACGGGACAAACUGGCCUUCAUUUUAGUUUGUCCAGAGUGGAUGGAAGCGGUCGAUUUUAAAGUCUUUUGGGCGAAAUUCAUUGUUAAGAUUGACGAAGACUUUUCUGAGCCUAGUUUAAUUUACUUAACUCAAAAAUAUUACAAAUACAUUACAAUAUUGGAAAUUGGAUGGGGCAAUACAAGAAAUCACAGCUUAUUUUUUAUGAGAUUUAGGGAUAUUAUCAAAAGAGUGGGCAGAUUUUUUACGAUAUUGUACGAACAUUACGUCCAACUACAUAGGCUUAAUAUUUUCGAUUGGUACGAUGUACAUGCCUUAAGAAAAUUAAGCUAUUUGCUGAUGAGAUUUAUGAAGAGGCAAUAUUAUUUAAAAGCAGUCACCCUCAACAACGCAAAUUUCCCCGACAUAGCAUUCUCAAAUAGCUUAUUAGCAUUUCUACGAUCAAAAUCAAGCCUAAAACACAUGACCCUACAUUUUUCCACUUUCAAUGCCAGGAAACUAUUCGACUGUUUCGCCUUUAGCACAACAAUGGAGCUGUUUCAAAACUUAGAAAUAAUCAGCAUCGAUUGCUGGAUUUUCUACAAAUUUUUCGACAAACUCCAAAUGAAGUUCAACAAAGUAAGACUAAUUUACUUGUACUUGGAUUAUACGUUCAAAAAAGCCGAACCUGUCAUUAGAAUUCGUCAAUGCCAAUGGGAAAAGUUUCACGAAUAUUUUCCUCAUGCGGUUGUUAAUUAUAUCAUCGAUAGGCCGAUGAAGGAUAAACAAUUCGAAGGGAUUUUACAAAGCCAAUACAUUUUGGUGUCGUUUAUAUGGAACUAUUAUCCUUACAAGGAAAGUUGUUUGGUUGAUUGUUACCAAUGUUUGCAGAGAAUCGUGGAUUUACAAUCAGAAAACAUAGAGUAUAUCAAUUUGACUUUGCCUACGGACGAUUUGGAUACUUUGCAGUACAAAUUGAGAAGUUUUAAGAGAAUUUGUUCCAAGCUCAAGUCGUUUUUGUUGAACAACGAGGAACUAAUGGUGAAAAAACCAAUAUUUUCGAAAUAA